AUGAAAAAUGGUGGAAUCCUGGAAAAAGUAAAUUCUAAGCGAGAGUGUGUAUACAGGAAUGUCGGUGUGGUGAUAAGAAAAUAUCAACCUCGAAUAAUCAGCUAUAAAUUGAAUAACUGA